GCAGCGGCAAUCCAAUUAUGUAUCUCUUCCUUCACUUGCUGAUCAAUUUGAAGAUCUUCACGGCAAAAAUGGCGACGGCGCAGAUCAUUCCGGUGAGAGUUGGGGUUGUGCUGGAUAUGGAUGAUUAUGGGAAGAUGGCGUUCAACUGUAUAUCAAUGGCGCUUACGGAUUUCUAUGCAACGCAUGAUCAUUAUAGAACGAGAUUGGCUCUCACCAAUCGGGACUCCAAAUACGACGUCGUUGGGGCAGCUGCAGCAGGUUUGGACCUACUGAAGAAUGUCCAAGUGCAAGCAAUCAUAGGCCCUAUGUUCUCUGUCCAAGCCAACUUCCUUAUUUCUCUCGGACACAAAGCUCAAGUUCCCAUCAUCACCUUCUCGGCCACAAGCCCGUCUCUCUCGUCUCUCCGAAGCCCGUAUUUCGUUCGGGCCACUCUAAACGACUCUUCGCAAGUAGGCUCCAUAGCCGCAAUCGUCCACGCCUUCGGUUGGCGAGAAGUCGUCCCGAUCUACGAGGACAACGAGUUCGGGGAAGGGAUCAUACCGUUCUUAACCGACACAUUGGAAAACGUGAACGUACGCUUGCCGUACAGGAGCGUCGUCCCGCCGCUAGCGACCGAUGAUCAGAUCGUCGCCGAGCUGUACAAGCUGAUGACCAUGCAGACACGAGUUUUCGUCGUCCACAUGCUGACUCAUCUCGGAGCCCGCCUCUUCGCGAAAGCGAAGCAGCUUGGGAUGAUGAGUAAGGACUACGCGUGGAUAGUGACGGACAGCGUUACGAACGAGUUGAACUCGAUGGACCCCACCGUCGUCGAGUCCAUGCUGGGAGUAAUAGGAGUGAAGCCUUACGUGACGAAGACGAAAGAACUCGACGAUUUUACGGUCCGUUACAAGAGAAGGGUUCGCCAGAACAAUCUUAACGUGUACGGGCUAUGGGCUUACGACACGGCCAUCGCACUCGCCAUGUCAGCAGAAAAGGCCGGACUCGACAAUCUUACGUAUCAAGAAUCAAACACGUCGACAAAUUCCACCGACCUUGAAGCCUUUGGUGUAUCGUUAAAUGGACCGAAGCUCAUCCGGGCUUUAUCGAGUAUCGAAUUUACAGGUCUUGCCGGAGAUUUUCAAUUGGUCGACGGUCAACUCCAAGCGCCUCCGUACGAGAUAGUCAACGUGGUGGGCCCCGGAGCUCGAGUGAUAGGAUACUGGACGAAGGAGAAUGGAAUCGUCAAAGAGCUGAAUUUCACGAGCGUCUCGGACGACAACCUUGGGUCUAUUAUAUGGCCGGGCGACAAAUCUUCUCCGCCUAAAGGUUGGGUGGUACCGACAAACGGGAAGAAAUUGAGAGUCGGGGUUCCUGCAAAAGUUGGUUUCACCGAGUUCGUGCGCGUUACGUGGAAUUCGGACAACACUACUAAAGUGGAAGGAUAUUGCAUAGAUGUUUUCGAUGCAGUGAUGGCAGCAUUGCCGUAUGGUGUGCAGUAUGAGUACGUUCCGUUUGCAACCCCCGAUCGUAAGAUGGCUGGAAACUACAACGAUUUGGCGUAUCAGGUCUACCUUGGAAAGUACGACGCUGUGGCUGCAGAUGUAACGAUUUUGGGAAAUAGAUCAAAGUACGUCGACUUCACUCUGCCUUACACAGAGUCCGGUAUUUCGAUGGUUGUACUGAUCGAAGAGGACAAGAGCGAAAACGCAUGGGUGUUUCUCAAGCCGCUGACUUGGCAGCUGUGGUUGACGAGUUUUUGCUCGUUUCUUUUCGUCGGAUUCUUGAUUUGGAUUCUUGAACACCGAAUCAACGAAGAUUUCCGAGGCCCUUUUUGGUAUCAGUUCGGAACGAUUUUCUGGUUCGCCUUCUCCACUAUGGUAUUCGCCCACAAGGAGAGGGUGAUAAGCAAUUUGGCUCGGUUCGUGCUGAUUAUAUGGUUCUUGGUUGUUCUUAUACUAACGCAAAGCUACACCGCCAGUCUUACGUCGAUGCUGACUGUUCAGAAACUCCAGCCGACAGUAACCGAUGUGAACGUGCUUAUUCAGAACAAGGAAUACGUCGGCUACUCGAAAACGUCGUUUGUUUUCGGAGUUCUCAAGAAAAUGAAUUUCGACGAGUCGCGGCUUAGGCCAUUCACCUCAUUGGAGCAAAUGGACGAACUUCUCUCCCGAGGGAGCGGAAACGGUGGCGUAGCUGCUGCGUUUCACGAGAUCCCGUAUAUAAAGUUGCUCCUCGGCAAAUACUGCUCAAAAUACAUGAUGGUCGGGCCCACGUACAAGACUGAUGGUUUCGGAUUCGUCUUUCCGAUAGGUUCUCCUUUAGUACCGGAUGUGUCGAGAGCAAUUUUGAAUGUGACCGAGGGACAAAAGAUGGUGGAAAUCGAGAGGAAAUGGUUCGGGGAUAAGACGAAAUGUCUAGACUCGAAUGCGUUGCUUUUACCGAAGAAUCUCGGGCUAGCGAGCUUUUGGGGGCUUUUUAUGAUUGUAGGAAUAGUCGGGAUCGCAGCUUUGAUAAUCUACGCGGCUAAAUUCCUAAGCGAAAAUUCGACCGUCUUAAAUCACUCCGAUCCCGAAUCGACGACGUGGAGUAAGAUAAUACGGUUGAUAAAAAAUUUCGACAACAAAGAUCUGAAGUCGCAUACUUUCAAGAAACACAAGCCGAGCGAGAAAGAUGAUAAUUAUUAUGAUGUCGACGACGAUCCGUCAAAUUUCUCGCCUACUACUUACGGCCACUCGAGUCCCGUUUUCUCGAGCUCCCCGGAACAGAACACGGAGAUUGAUCCGAACGAAAAAACAAGCGAACAAACUGCAAUGCCAGCAAACGAGAUUCAUUAGAAGUUUAUGAAAAAUGAUUAUUGUGGUGGUGUAUGAAGUACAUAUACCACAUUCAAUAAAAAGUUCAUGAAUAUUAGAUAUUGAUGUAUCUAUAUCUACUCAUGGCUUAAUUUCACUUUGAAUCCUCGAAAUGUAGUAUUUUGGCACUUUGUACAUUGCACCCUCAGAAAGAAAUAAUGCCACUUUGUACCCUUAAAAGGUAUU